GCACGCAGCAGGCACACCGCACACCCAGGAUUUACGGAAAGAGCACCGCACGCCCACGCCUCGCCACGCACCACAUCUGACAUCUCCACCCCCCGCCGCCGCCGCCGCUGCUCGUCACAUUUCCUGGUGCCCGCCAACCGCCAAGCUCCGCGACGCGACCCUGCGGCUGGCACUGGGCCCCCCACCUCCAUCCAUCCACCGCCGCCACAGCCGCGGAAAUGGCGGCGCCGGCGACGCUGCGCUCGGCGGCGGCGCGGGCGCGGGCGCGCGCAGCGGAGCUCGUGGGAGGAGGGCGGUGGCCGCAGCGGCGUCUGGGGACGACGUCCGCGGCGGAGACGGAGAGCAAAAAGGACAAGGAGGAGGAGGGGGCCGGGGCCGGGUGGGAGCUCUCGGCGGCGCGGGAGUACUACGACUACCGCAAGUCCAUCUACGGCGACGUCACGCACCGCGCCCUCCUCGUCGACGCCGUCGGCACCCUCGUCGUCCCCGCCCAGCCCACCGCGCAGGUGUAUAAGAGCAUUGGUGAGAAGUAUGGAGUGAAGUACUCAGAAGAUGAGAUCUUGAUGAGAUACCGGCGGGCAUACGAGAAACCAUGGGGUGGAUCACGGCUCAGGUAUGUGGAUGAUGGGAGACCCUUUUGGCAGCACAUAGUCACUUCUUCUACAGGCUGUUCAGAUGCACAAUACUUUGAGGAACUUUAUCAGUACUUUAUGACAGAAAAGGCCUGGAAGUUUUGUGAUCCUGAUGCUGAAAAUGUAUUUAAAGCUUUAAGGAAAGCUGGUGUUAAAACUGCCGUUGUCUCCAAUUUUGAUACCCGUCUACGACCACUUCUGCAGGUCUUGAAAUGUGACCACUGGUUUGAUGCAGUUGCAGUUUCUGCAGAGGUUGCAGCAGAGAAGCCAAAUCCAAUAAUAUUUUUGAAGGCUUGUGAGCUCUUAGGUGUGAAGCCUGAAGAAGCUGUGCAUGUUGGUGAUGAUCGUAGAAACGAUAUAUGGGGAGCCAGAGAUGCAGGCUGUGAUGCUUGGCUCUGGGGCAGCGAUGUUCGCUCCUUCAAGGAGGUCGCCGAACGGAUCGGUGUUGAGGUGACCAAGGGAGGAUGGUGAAUAUGCAGAGACAGAGGCAGUUUCCAGGAUCGCGGUCGUGAAGCCAGUGACCCAUCCUUGUGCAUUGUGCUGCUAGAGUAAAAAUUCCCGGGCUGGUUUGUAGGCUUGUAGCUGUAUGACUAAUUUAUAAGGGUUUCGUUGGGCCAUGAUGUUAAUGCCUGAGAUCUGCUCGUUCCCUAUCCUGAUGAUCUAUUGAUCUGUUAUGCGUCUCGGACUGUUAGAUAUCUAACUGUUUUUUUCCCUUUUUUUUUGGAGAAAAAAUCUAACUGUUUCUGUUU